GGUUAUCAUCUUCAAAAAAUGACGAUCAUAACCAUGCACUCGAGGAAAAGACCGGCAGCCCCUGUGCUGUAACUUUUUUGGCAGGAAAACAAUCCGAGCCGACUAACUUUGACGUCGUGGGGCGCCGUUGGUGUUAAUCUGCAUGAGUAUUCCGCUCAUAAAAUUCACAGUCUGAUUCUGGUGGAAGGGCGAUGGAGCAAGGCGGUCUCUCUCUGUGUUCCAGCCAGGCAUUGACGUUUUAAAUAGGCCCGGCUGACAGGUCCACCAUAAGCCGGUGUAGGGUCAGGCGUGCGUGCACCUCCAUCCAGUCACCUCAGCCGCAACUUUGGAAACUACCUACUUUUCUUUUCGUAUUUUUUUGUUUUUUUACACCCCUAGCCUAUGUCUUAUUUCGGUUUCGUAGUUUUAAUAUUUCUGCCUAAUUCGCCCUGGGACUUGGAGUGCGUCGGGCGCAUGGCACCGUGAGCGACCACCACACGGAGGGAUUGAACCCAAGAUGUCAACAUUGCCAUACCACCCACUCAAAAUCGAUUCUAUUCCAUUCAAGAAGCUCUCUCAUCGUAUAAAGCGGGACGCAUGACUUCGAGACGGUCGUGAUCGAGAACUGCUGUUUGUUCUUUUUAUAGUCUGGAACCGGAGAAAAGAGGAAAGCCUGGGGAUAUUUUUGCAACAGGAAAAACAAGACGAAAUCCUGCAAAAGAAGAAAGUGUCGUUCGCUCCUUAACUUAGAGAGUGGAGCCAUGCAGGUGGAGAAGAAAUGCCACAUCCUGCUGGCCAUCGUCGUUCUCCUCAUCACCUCGGACCAGUGCACCGACAGCCGGGAGGCCCGCUCCAGCGACCGAGGCACACUGUUGGACCUUAUCCUGCAGGUCAUGAGAGACAGCCAGCAGCGGGACAAGCAGGUCUCCCGGCGGCACAACAGCGGGUUGUUCACCGCAGCAACGCAGGACUUAAAGUUGCCCUCCUCUCGCGAAAAGCCUUUGUAUGUCUCUAGACUGGACCACAGCAGACCCGUAGAAAUAGCACCUAGAGAGUUAAAUCUGAAGGACAAAUUCAUUCAGCAUUUCACAGCAGGACCGGUCAAGUUCUCAUCGGAAUGCAGAACAAAUUUUCAUAGACUUUAUCACAAUACGCGGGACUGUUCGAGACCAGCAUACUACAAAAGAUGUGCAAGAUUGCUAACGCGGCUAGCAAUGAGCCCACUGUGCACUCAAUCAUAGACAUUGCAUGUUCAUCGUUUAUGAAAGAGGGAUACUGGGUUGCCGAGGAAGUGCCUUCGAAACCACCAGUCAUAUGAACUAUGUUUUAUUUCAUAGCAGCGUCAUAUGAACUUCGUUUAAUUUGAUAGUAUUUCUAUUUUUAUUUGCGUGGAUAAUGAACGAAUGAUGACAUUGUUUGUUAAUUUUGGAUAGAUUUGUUUUUUUUUAUGUAUCUUGUAUAUGAAUGAACCAUGUAAUUCUCAAGAGACAAUAUAUUAUUAAAUAUACCUAUUUAUUUAUACGGUAUGUAUAUAAUUAUUUACAAUCAUUCCGAAAUGUAAUGAGUUUGUUCCGAUGUGUUACUCUUGUUUUUUUUGGUACGUGUAAUUCCUACUGCCGUGU